UACAACCGGUGCGGUGACGUGACGAUAUAUCCCACAAGGUAGUGUCUUGCUUCACUUCACUAAAUUCAUAUAACCUAGUAGAAAACGCAUUCAAACUACGUAAAAGGAAACAGUCAAGGAUAGAUGCAUCGGCCAUUGAUAAAACGAACCAAGACCGAACCGGGUCCGUCAGACCAUUAAUAAUGCAUGGAACGCUGCAAGCACAACCAAGUCAUUGAUUUGAGAAGUAUGCGAUGUUGUUUUGGAAUUCUAUUGUUGUCUUAUCAACAAAAAGAAUGUUCCCACAGUAGCUAUCUGGAUAGCCUGGCGGCAAUUCGAGAUGAUAUCUCAUUACAGAGCGAUCGACCGACACACAGAGCAGGUUGUUACCAACAGCAGCUCCGAUGUGAUCACCUUAUCUAGGAAAUCCUCCAAUAAUGCUGCGUGCUUACCGGUUACAACACAUGCACGUUUAGCCGC